AUGACAAGAGUUUCUGAAAAAAGGGUGGUUGUAGCUACUUUAUUCUUACCUUGGACAGUUGACUUUGAACUGGCCGAAAAGAAGAGAAAGGACCGACUGAUUGCAAAGACAGAAGAAAAGAAUAAUGCCAAACCUAAUCUUAUUCAAAGUUUAGCUCAACAUAAACAACCAAAGGAUGCCAAAGAGGAACUAUUUGACUUUAAGGAACCAGAGAAGCUCGUUCAACCAAGAAGUAAACAGCAAAGAGAAGAAGAAAUUAAAAAUGCCAAAGCCUUUGCUGACGCACCUUGGUCAGUUAAACCAACAGUUGCGGGAAAUAUUGGGUUAAAUAAUGCACUGUUUUCUAUUCAAGACCAGCUUGAAAGCUUAGUUUGGGUUGGUACCUUGGGUAUGUCUACAGACGCGCUCUUAAAAAAGACAAAAGAAGAGAUCAAUUCUACAUUCGAGAGCCGAUAUAAUACGUAUCCUGUUAUGCCAUCAGAUACAACCUUUGAUGGUCAUUAUAAUCAAUACUGUAAACAGGUGCUCUGGCCUUACUUUCAUUAUGUUGUCAGAGAUGAUUGUCAUAACAUGAUGUCACAAAAUGGUCCUUAUCAACUCUACAAGGAUCUAAAUCAAGAGUUUGCUAAUACUAUAGUCAAAAACUAUAAGAACGGUGAUAUUAUUUGGAUUAAUGAUUAUCACCUAAUGCUCGUGCCUGGAAUGGUCAGACAAAAGAUUCCUAAUGCCACCAUCGGAUUCUUUCUACAUAUCCCAUUUCCAAGCUCUGAGCUAUUUCGAUGCUUACCACCUCGAAAGGAAUUAUUAGAGGCAAUGUUACAGUCAGAUAUGAUUGGAUUUCAGACUUAUUCUUUUGCUCGCCACUUUCUACAGACAUGUUCACGUAUUCUCUCUGUCGAUGCUACGCCCACAGGCAUUCAGCUAGAUACUCAUUACUGCUCUGUUGGUAUUCAUCCAAUCGGCAUCGACAUUGUUGCACUACAGAGAAAGAUAUCAAACCCUGAAGUCGAUCACUGGGUGACGAAAUUAAAAGAAAAGUAUGCGGGUAAACGGUUGAUUGUGGCAAGAGAUAAGCUGGAUUAUAUUAAGGGUGUGCGUCAAAAGCUGCUUGCUUUUGAAGAAUUCUUGAUCAGACACCCAGAAUGGAGAGGCAAGGUGGUCUUGAUUCAGAUUGCACUAUCCACCUCUGAGCAGAAUGAAUUGCGUGCACACAUAUCUGACGUUGUAUCAAGAAUCAAUUUCAAGUUUAGCACCAUUUCCUAUCAACCUAUUGUCUUUUUGCAUCAGGAUAUAUCAUUUUCUCAGUAUCUGGCACUCUUGACAUGUGCUGAUACCUGUCUACUGACACCACUUCGGGAUGGAAUGAACUUGACUUCUCAUGAGUAUAUUGUCUGUCAGAGAGAAACACACAAUCCACUCAUCUUGAGCGAGUUCACUGGUACUUAUGGUAGUUUUGGCGCAUCUAUAAGAGUUAACCCAUGGGAUUACAGACAAAUUGGAGAAGCCAUUCAUGAUGCUCUUUCGAUGGGGGAAGACGAAAAGACAGCAAGAUGGAAUGAGCUUUACAAGAGCAUCGAAACUAACUCUUCCCAGCAUUUUGCAAGUAGCAUCAUUAGCACAUUAUCAAAGAUUCAUAGCCAACCCAGCCGAAGAUUUUCCACAAAGAUACCCAAACUGAAUGCAACCAUCCUUAAUGAGGUUUGCCAACCUUAUAAAAAGAGACUUUUCUUGUUUGACUAUGGUGGAACUUUGAUACCACACGGUAAACCACCUGGAUCGAAUGAUCUGGACCGAGUCUUGGAAUUGCUCACUAAAUUGGCAAGUAAUCCUGAUAAUGCCGUUUAUGUGAUAUCUGGACGAACCAAGAUCAAUGUGGAUACUGAUUUGGGAUUAGUUCCUAACCUAGGACUGAGUGCUGAGAACGGGUUUUACAUAAAGCCUCGUGGAGAGGACUGGCAGCAGGUUUACGAUAAUGUUGACUUCUCGUGGAAGCCAACUGUCAAGGAGAUAUUUCAGUAUUAUUCAGAACGUACACCUGGUGCUUACGUUGAAACAAAAGAUACUUCUAUUGUCUGGCACUAUCGCACGACAGAAGGAACUGAUUCUCAGUAUGUGUCUUGGCAAGCAGCCGAAUGUCAGAAUCAUAUUGCAGACUCUGUUAACAAGAAUUUUGCAGUACAUGCAGUGAUUGGUAAUACAACGAUUGAGGUCAUCCCUCACGACAUCAAUAAGAGUUCGAUAGCAAACAGAAUUCUACAAGAUACAGCACCAGACUUUGUGCUGGCUAUUGGAGAUGACCGAUCGGAUGAAGACAUGUUUACGUUUUUAAACAAACAGAAAAAUCUCAAGGUGAUCACUUGUACAGUAGGUACAAGAAGUACAGAAGCUAGAUAUUAUAUACCAAAUGUAGAGACAGUCUUGUCUACUCUUGAACAAUUGUCUUUCUAA